UCUUUGUUAAAUAACAUGAGAUCAAUUAUUUGUCCUAAAAACUGGCUGUUCAAUUUAUUUUAAAUUAUGGCUUAAAGCUUCCUAAAACAUGUAAGCGUCAUUAUCGUGUAGAAUAGAUUUUUGGCUUCAACAGCAAUGCUAAUUUUUUACGGUGACUUUGGGGUUAGCUAAAAGAUUGGUUGCACUGAUAUACCAAUGUCUCAAAACGUUCUCAUCGAUUAUUUGGGCCAUUAAUAUUAACCCCUUGGCUUCUAUAUAUGUAAAGCUACAUUAUUUAAAAUAUUUAAAACACACGGAUAUAGACAGUAAAUAUUUUAUUAUUUUACAAUGAAUUAAUAAAUGUGUGGGCUGCGGAAUCAAGUUCCGAAAAUCAACGCACAUAGAUCGGCCAAAAAAUAUAAUGAUUAAGGUUCUCGUGAGACUUAGUUUUGUAUUGUACUUUUACCAUGCCUUUGGAUUAAUGCGAAAAUUGCCCGCACCAAAUGUGCUUUUAGUAUUGAGUGAUGAUCAAGAUGUAGAACUACACGGUGUGUAUCCACUUCAACAAACUUGGAAACUUUUGAGCAAGUAUGGCACAAAAUUUACCAAUGCCUUUACUAGUACGCCGAUUUGUUGUCCUGCGCGAGCAAGCCUAUUAACUGGACAGUAUGCGCACAACCAUAGGACAAUCAAUAAUUCAUUAAGUGGUGGCUGCAAUGGCCUUUACUGGCGUAAAAGGUUCGAGCCACGCUCAUUGCCUAUGCUGUUACAGAAGAAUGGCUAUCAAACAUUCUUUGCUGGCAAAUAUUUAAACCAAUUUAAAGGCGCUGAAGUUCCUCACGGCUGGGAUGAGUUUUAUGGCCUUCACGGGAACUCUCGUUAUUAUAAUUAUACACUGCGUGAAAACACAAAAAAUGUGAGCUUUACGGAUGUAUAUUUGACAGACCUGUUGAGGGACAAAGCGGCAGCAUUUAUUCGUAAUUCAACAAGGAAUCAUCAUUCAAAACCAUUUUUUGCAAUGGUAUCUCCUCCAGCCGCUCACGCACCCUUCACACCAGCCCCGCGUCAUGAAGGGGUAUUUUCUCAAGUGCGAGCGUUGCGCACUCCUAGCUUUAACGCUCCCGAUAAGAGUACGUAUGUAGCAUUAAUCUAUACUUAUGCUAAUAUUCUUUCCAUAGAUAAACAUUGGUUGGUCAGGUCAGCUCAACAUUUGUCAAAUGACUCGGUUUUCACAAUAGAUAAGUAUUUUCAGAGGCGGUGGGAAACGCUGCUAGCGGUUGAUGAAAUGAUGAUGACUUUGGUAACAGUGCUUAAUGAAACCCAAUGCCUUGACAAUACUUACAUCAUCUACACUUCGGAUAAUGGUUACCACUUGGGACAAUUUGCGCAGCCCUUUGAUAAACGACAACCUUAUGAUACUGACAUCAAAGUUCCAUUACUUAUCCGUGGACCAGGCGUACCGGCUGGCCGCUUGAUGGACAUGCCUGUCAGUUUGGUAGACCUAACGCCUACCAUACUGGAAUGGGCCGGCUUGCCGGUCCCAAAUUAUAUAGAUGGUCGCUCUUUUAAAGGUGAGUUGCUACAGGUGCAACAGAAAAAUAAAAAGCAGCAAUUUUCCAAACAACGUGUAUUGCUCAUUGAGUAUUGGGGUGAAGGAAACGAUGAUACAUAUAAUCCGGCUUGCCCAGGACAUCGUUCUGACCAUUUAGCGCAAUGUACUUCGGAUGCAGAUUGUCAUUGCCAAGAUUCAUGGAACAAUACAUACACGUGUAUUCGUGAUUUUCGGUACAACCUCGAUCGCAUCUAUUGUGAGUUCCGGGAUACUGAGAACUUUCUUGAGGCAUAUGAUUUGCACCAAGACCCCUAUCAGUUACAAAAUAUCGUUUACGAACUACUUCCUAUCGAACGAGCACUAUAUGGACUUUUACUUCAAAACCUUACGAAAUGUACUGGCAAAACGUGCAAUUUUUGAUUUGUUUUUUGCUGUUGAAAUUUAAUCAUGCGCAUGUUCUAAAUAUAAGUCAAUAUCAACUGAUUACAAUGAACUAUAAAGUUUUCCUAACAGCUCUCACACGUUGCAGCUGCAUUUCAAAAUUCAAACAAAUUGUUCGGCUGAAAUUGUGCUUGAUGUGCCAGACCGUUGGGUAUGUAUGUAUACCUUAAUGGGCACAGCUAUGAGAUGUUACAUAUAUGAAUGAAUUUUCAUAACACUGCUCACUUUUGUAAUUUUUCCAUAAUCUUUUUGAUUACAUUCUAAGUAAUGCUGCUUUUUCAUAAAAAUCCCAUUGUUGGUAUGGUUGAAAAGUAUGAGGCGAUGACAACUACUUCGGUCGGUUAAAGUAACCUUUAUUUCUAUAUUUUUGUAAUGUUAUUAUAUUGCUUUUUUCAUUAAACCAGUAAAAAGUGUAAGCCGGCAUCGGGUAUCAGUAGAAGAAGGUUCAGGGUAUCACCUAGCGGGCAAAUACGACUAGAGCACUCUUAUAUUUUAAAUCCGAAAAUUAGCCUUUGUGUUUGCUGGAAUUGCUAAAGCUGCUACGUGCCGGAGCUGUUAGAACUACUAAAUCCCUCAUUGUAGUUAUUAUAGAUAUUUAUUUUUCAUUUC